AUGGGCCGGCGCGUACGCUACGAGUACGUUCUUCCGGGGCCCAAGCGAGCACGCGUCGACGCCGCCUCCACCGAGGCCAUCCAGCGCCUGCUGCGAGAGGUGAGGGCGGGCGACGCGUCGCAGACGGAGUGCGCCGUGUGCCUGCAGGACUACGCCGCGGAGGAGACGAUCAGGGCGAUGCCGGUGUGCGCCCACGCCUUCCACCGCCACUGCAUCUCCGAGUGGCUCAGCCGGAACGCCGUCUGCCCUAUCUGUCGCUGCGAGCUGCCGCUGCCCACGCACCAGGACCAGGAGCAGGAAGAGGAGGACGACGAGGAGGACGAGCACGGCGUCAGGAGGAGUUGGAAUUGGAGGAGAGUUCCAGUUUCAGCAGCAGCUGGGCGCAGCUGGUGA